AGAAACCGAGAUGGACAUCACCAAAGACGCCUGACAGUUUUUGUCUUUAUCCUUAAAAAAUGGUAAUGUAGUGCCGCUCGGCUUCAGCACACAGGGGCACGCGGGUUGUGAAAAAUGGAGGCCAUGGAAGAUGACAGUCUGGACAUAAAAGACGACCACAACCACAACUAUUGUGCGAGCAGUAACAGUAAUAAAGUCCGCAGCUAUCUGAGCAGCCAGCUGUCGGAUGUAACCACGGUCCCGCAGCCCGCCUGUCCGCCGGUGCCGGGAGGAGAACCAGGGGCUCGGCGUGGGGCUUUGUGGUCCGGCAGCACCGGGGGGGCAAAGUUCAUGGACUCGGAUUCCGGCAGCGAAAGCAGCGAAGUCAGCGAGACGGACUGCACGGCUCCGCCAGCCGCCGCUGAGGGGAAAUUCACCCUCGAUUCUAACGUUUCUUCCAAGUUCCUUUUAAAUGCAAUGGCUGUUGAAGAUUACCGGAAAAACCAUUGGCCAAACCUGGAGAAGGCAAUUGACCGUCUGCUGAUUCAGAAUCCCACAGACCACAUCUCUGUUUCUUAUGCACAGAUUUACAGUUACGUCUACAAGUGUGUCUGUCAGCAGCACUCUGAGCUGCUCUACAAUGAUUUGACUUUGAAAAUAACAAAUCAUUUGCAAGAAGUUUCCACCCAUCUACAAGCCAGCCCCCCUGAGGACUUCAUUGAGAACUUUAAUGUUGCCCUGACGCAAUAUACAGCUUCUCUUCAAUGCAUAGUUCCUGUAUUUAUGUACUUGAACAAGUUCUACAUUGAGUCGAAGCUGAACAGAGACCUAAGAGAGGAUCUAAUGAAGCUCUUUGCAGAUCACGUCGCAGAAAUACAUGUGAACACACUGAUGCCUCUUCUCAUCAAAGCUCAUUCCAUGCCGUUUCAAGUGCAGCCAUCUACAAUGGCCAGUGUGGUUAAAGGCCUCUACAGCCUCCGACCAGACUGGGCCCAGUUGGCCCCGGCUCUCUUCUCUGGCUUUAUUCCCCAAAUCAACCCUCCUGCUGUGGAGUCUCUGCUUCCUGACUACGCCGCUCAUGACCAGAAGCUACAGAUGGAGCUCUCCAUGAACGGAUUUCCGCGAGGUGACCAGUCUCGCAAACGGGCCAGUGAAGACUCCUGAUAGAGCCGCCGUCACCAGAUUCUAUUACUGUGCCUCCUACAUCUUUAUCAGAAUUUGGCUCACCGCACUAGGUACAAUGUUGACAAUGUGUCAGUUUCAUCUCUCUCUCUCUCUCGACUCAAGGUCACAAAACACUGUGAACAACAAAGAGAACAUGAUGUUGGGUUUGUUGAGCAGAAGCUUAAUCUCACUGCACUGAACAAGCACACUGACUUCCAUUAUGGUGCUUUCCUCUGUCAUUACGAUGCAUCCAGCUUCAGUAUUUUGUGGGAUGCUGCUGUGUGCGCUGAGAUGGGUUUCCUCAUGCUCUCAUGUGAAGAGUGCCUUCAUGGUGCCUUCUGAUCGGAUAUCCUACCGAGGGAUAGGCUGAUGAUGGGGUUUUUCAUUCCUAACCUUUAACAUGGAAGUGUCUUUUUGAUAGACUGGGCUAAUCAAGACUUUCUAUUGCUGCUAACAAUACUGUCCAUGUGAUAAUACUACAACGCCCUCAGUUUCACCCACUGUGUCUAUAACCCUGUGACUCCACUCAACACAAAUGAGUGUGGAAAGAAAUGAGAACAAGGGGAACUAAAGUCAUUAACUUUAACUAUGAUUCUCUUCUUCAUGUUGCCUUUACUGUGUUGGUAAACCGGAUUGUAUUUUCCCGUUACGCCAAAGAGGAUUUGCAGUUUUUUUUUCUUCUUUUAUAUAUAAUGCAUUGGAUUCAAGCUGACAUUGUUAAUGUUGUAUACUGUCUGAGUCACUGAGCCAUUUGAUUUUUUUUAUACUAGCAGGUUUUUUUGAGUUUUGGUUGACUUGUUUGUUAGGCUCGAGUCAAUUUCUAACUUAAAGGGAUAGUUCAGGUUUUUUUUUAAGUGAGCUUGUAUGAAGUGCUUAUACAUAGUUUGUGUAUUACCUGUGAUGGCAGUUGGCACACACAAAGCUAAGCAAUGUACAGCUGUGGAUAGGAGCAGCAGCUAAAAAAAAAAGACAAUGUUGCUUUAAGUGUAUGCUAGAGAAAUACAAAGAGAGAUGCAUGUUCUCUGGUAUUACGUCAAAAUAUUUGGACAUGGUGCAAUGGAGCCACUAGUGUCUGACAGAUAAUGUACAAUUUACUGAAGAUCAAAUUUCAGUAGAAGUUGACGGGAGGUAACAUGGUGCACAUUUUGUUUGGUUACUAGAAACUGUGUCAAUACGUUUAACAUGUUGGACAAGAGAAGUGAACCUCACGAUCUGCUUAUUCUUCUGUGUAUUUUACGGUUGGCAGACCAACUUAGAGAUGCAUGACGGUAACACGCGUAUUAUGUUUCACUCGGGAGUGGCUGCUUACUGAAAGUGGGAUCUCCAGUGAUACAAUUCGGAAUACCAGUUGGCUCCGUUGGCUUAAUGUUUUUUGUUGUUGUUGUUUUUUACACUGCUUACUAGAGGUGGGAAUCAGCAGAGGCCCAACGAUACGAUUUUAUCCCGAUACUUCACGAUCACAAUCCAAUAUUAUUGCGGUUUUAAGCAUUUUGCGAUAUGCUUAGUAUUGCGAUACAAUAUAUUUCGAUUUAACUGGUAAACUGCAUUUUGUGUCCGCAAAAUUAAAUUCAAUCAAGAAUUUUGUCAAAUAAAACUUUCCUCAUUUUUUUUAUUUUUUUUUAAAGAUUAUUUUUUUUGGCAUUUUGCUGCUUUAUUAGAUAGUGGCAGAUAGAAAGGGGGAGACAGAGGCGAAGACAUGCGGCAAAGGGGCCUCAGGCCGGAUUCGAACCCGGGUCCGCCGCAGCAGGACCAGGGCGCCCCGAAACUUUCCUCAUUUUUAAGCUUCACCGCACUCAAUUUCUUUUGACUGAAACAUUAAAAAAACCUACCUUUGCAUCGCUACUUCGACAACUUCCCGACACGAUAUCCUGACGCAGGUGGUGCCUAUAGAUUCAUUAGAUCUUCUAGUUUUCACAUGAAAAAAUACGGCAAAAAUACUGCCGCCUGGCCAUCGGAACACUGAACAUCGUCCAUUAAUGGUUAUAAUAUUGCCACGCAAAAAUGGCUAUAUUAUGCACUAUUUCACUGCUUUACCUCACCAUCAGCCUGCAGGAGGAGCUGAAGCUGUUAUCGAUGCUGUCUUUAAAGCCUCCAGACUUCAUUUAUAAAAAGACUAAUUUUACAGGAGUUGUUGUUUUACCAGUAAAACUUAAACUUAGCUGUCUGACGGCAAGGUAAAGAGGUGGAAAUAUCCUAGCUAUACAACCUGAUAAUGAUUUAUUAUUGUUUUUUAAUUAAUUUUGCUUCUGCCCCCGUCCAGAGCAGUACCUUGCUUAGCUUCUGUGUCUUUUCUCCUGUCUGCUUCUCCAAACAACAUGUGUGCCAGCCACCAUCUACUGUACUAUAUUACACUGACUGAUCAGUUCCUCAUGCAGACCCACUUCAAACAGUCUGACCUAUCCCUUUAAAGUAUUACUUGUCUACUUUAGCCGUGCAUGUAGUAUUGGCAGGGGUUGCCAUGUAGAACAUUUUGCUGUUUUGCCAGAAAGCUUAACACAGAAGAGUGUUUGACAAUUUGAUAGUUUUAAUUUACCUUGUUACAACUUGCCCGAUUGGUCCCUUAAAGUGUAAAUAUAUCGAACCCGAUGCUUCAUGGAUUUUACGGAAAGAAUGAUAUGCAAAUAUUGUUUGGCCCGAGUCCGGUGCACUUGUGCAUUAAUUGUUCCUAACCCGUAUAGCCUGUUUAAGAUGUAAAUAGUUUUUUUGGUCUUUGCAUAGUGGUCAGAGUACACUAGCUUUUGUCACGGAUGCAUUUUUUGUUAAGUGAUUCACUUAAAUAGAAGUAUUUGAUACAAGGUCUUACACUGUUUUAAGUGUCAAUAGAUGCUCAGGCUUUGCUUUUUCGUUUCUGUCUGUGGGUCUUUGGAAAUGGUUCUCAUCGUCUUUUAAAUAAACUAAUUUCAUUAAUCGUG